GGCGGCCGGCCGGCGCCUCGGGAGUACCGCUCAGUUGUCGUUCGUCCCAGCUCGGGGCGGCUGUGUCUGUCGCGCGCGCACGUCCGACCGAGCUGUGGGCUGCAUGAUGCCAGCCGGCGCGCGACGCUCGUGGCUGCGGAGCACGGUGCUUCUGCUCGGAUUGCUCGCCGCUGGACUUGCACAAGAGGAAGAAGAACGGCCGAAGCGAGUGGAGAAGCAGCGUUACGACGGAUGGUACAACAACCUCGCCCACCCAGAAUGGGGCUCAGUCGAUCAGCGACUGACGAGAAAAACGCCGGCCUCAUACGCCGACGGUGUGUAUAUGAUGGCCGGCCAGGACCGGCCCAGUCCGCGCAAACUCAGCCAGAUCUUCAUGAAGGGAAAGGACGGUCUGCCCUCCAACAAGAACCGCACCGCGCUGCUGGUGUUCUUCGGCCAGAUGAUUUCCUCCGAGAUCCUGAUGGCCUCCGAGAUGGGAUGUCCGAUCGAGAUGCACAAGAUCAAGGUGGAACGGUGUGACGAGAUGUACGACAAGGACUGCAAGGGCGGCAAGUACAUGCCGUUCUACCGUGCCGGCUACGACUCCAAGACCGGACAGUGUCCCAACAUGCCGCGAGAACAGAUCAACUCGAAGACGAGCUGGAUCGACGGCAGCUUCAUCUACAGCACCAGCGAGGCGUGGCUGAACACGAUGCGCUCCUUCGAGAACGGCACGUUCAGGACCGAUGAGAACGGCAUGCCACCCAAGAACCGCGAGCGCGUGCCCAUGCUCAACUACCCGAGCCCACACGUGCUCAAGACGCUGUCACCGGAGCGCAUGUUCUUGCUGGGCGACGAGCGGACCAAUCAGAACCCGGCGCUGCUGGCGUUCGGCAUCCUGUUCUUCCGGUGGCACAACAAGGUGGCGAUGCGCGUGCAGGAGGAGCACCCCGACUGGAGCGACGAGGAGGUGUUCCAGCGGGCCCGCCGCAUCGUGGUGGCAACGCUCCAGAAUGUCGCCAUGUACGAGUACCUGCCUGCCUUCCUGGGUGACGCCGUGGACCCCUACGAGGGCUACCGGGCCGACGUGCACCCCGGCAUCAGUCACGUGUUCCAGUCGGCCGCCUUCAGGUUCGGCCACACAAUGAUCCCUCCCGGCCUGUACCGGCGAGACAACAAGUGCAACUUCAAGAAGACGGCGACUGGGGACGACGCUCUGCGACUGUGUUCAACCUGGUGGGACUCGAGCGAUGUGCUCCAGGACAGCACGGUCGAGGAGCUGCUCAUGGGCAUGGCCUCUCAGAUCGCUGAGCAGGAGGACGCCGUGCUCUGCUCGGACGUCCGUGACAAACUGUUUGGACCGAUGGAGUUCUCCAGACGCGACCUGGGCGCCCUCAAUAUCAUGAGAGGUCGCGACAACGGUCUGCCCGACUAUAACACCGUCAGAAAGUGCUUCAAGCUGCCGAUGGUGACCAACCUGACAGAGGUGAACCCGGAGCUGGCGCAGAAGCACCCCGAUAUCUUCACCGAGCUGAUGGACGCCUAUAACGGCGACGUGAUGAACAUUGAUUUGUACGUGGGAGGUAUGCUGGAGAGCCGGGACGGACCGGGAGAGCUGUUCAGGGCCAUCAUCAAGGAACAGUUCCAGCGACUGAGAGACGCGGACAGAUUCUGGUUCGAGAACACAGAGAACGGCGUGUUCUCCAAGGAUGAAGUGGAGACGAUCCGCAAGGUGCGUCUGUACGACAUCAUCCUGGCCACGACCAACAUCUCUCGGCUCGACAUCCAGGAGAAGGUGUUCUUCCACACGGCCGACGACCCGUGUCCGCAGCCGCUGCAGCUCAACGCGAGUCUCAUGGAGCCGUGCCGGUUCCUCAGCGGACACGACUAUUUCCAGGGCAGCGAAGUGCCGUACAUUUACGCGUGCAUCUUCCUGGGUGCGGUGCCGCUGCUGACCGCUGGGGCCGCUUACGGCGUGGUGAAGCUGAUGAACCGCCGCCGCCGGCGCUACCGCAUGAAGCAGGAGGAGAACAACAACGGCAAGUCGACCGACAAGAUGUUCGUCACCGAGUGGCUCCACCAGAACCACAAGCGCAACGUCAAGAUCAAGUUCGGCCCGGACGUGGCGUUUGUGACGCUGAACCGCAAGGGCAUCAAGCUGCGCACGGCGAGGUUCAAGGGCACCGAAACGGUGGUAGUGGAGGUAACCGAAGACUCGCACAAGAAGCCCAUGUGUCUGGUCCGGGUGCCGAACGACCACGACGUGGUGCUCGAGUUCGACAACCUCAACAUGCGCAAACGCUUCCUGACCAAACUGGAGCAGUUCCUCAACGGACACAGCAAGACAAUGGAGACAGUGACCACCUUCAAGGAGCAGAUGCUGCAGAACGCUGAGACCAAGGAGCGGAGGCAGAAGCGACUCGAACACUUCUUCCGCGAAGCGUACGCGCUGACGUUCGGUCUGAAGCCGGGUGAGAAGCGGAAGAUGGAGGUUUCCAACGACAUCAUCAUGGUGAUGCGGACGUCGCUCACCAAGAAGGAGUUCGCCAGCGCGCUGGGCAUGAAGGGCGACGCUGUGUUCGUGCACAAGAUGUUCAACGUGGUGGACAAGGACGGCGACGGACAGAUCAGCUUCCAGGAGUUCCUCGAUACGGUGGUGCUCUUCUCGCGCGGCACCAUCGACAACAAGCUGCGCAUCAUCUUCGACAUGUGCGACAACGAUCGCAACGGCACCAUCGACAAAGACGAGCUGUCCGAGAUGCUACGGUCGCUGGUCGAAAUCGCCAAGACCAACAGUCUGACCGAUAUGGAGGUCACCGAGCUCAUUGACGGCAUGUUCAAGUCGGCCGGUCUGGAGGAGAAGGACGUGAUGACAUACGACGACUUCAAGCUGCUGAUGAAGGAGUUCAAGGGAGACCUCAUCGCUAUCGGACUGGACUGCAAGGGCGCCAAACAGAACUUCUUGGAUACGUCCACCAACGUUGCCAGAAUGCCCAGUUUCCGUGUGGACGCCUUCAACGAGCGUCGCGACCACUGGUGGUGGAAGCGCUGGGACAGCUGGGUGACCUUCCUCGAGGAGAACCGGCAGAACAUCUUCUACCUGUUCGUCUUCUACGUCAUCACCAUCGCCCUGUUCGUCGAACGAUUCAUCCACUACAGCUUCCUGGCCGAGCACACCGACCUGCGGCACGUCAUGGGUAUCGGCAUCGCCAUCACCAGAGGAUCGGCCGCCUCGCUCUCAUUCUGCUACUCGCUGCUCCUGCUGACCAUGUCGCGCAACAUCCUGACGCUGAUGAAGAACUACUCGAUCCACCAGUACAUCCCCAUCGACUCGCACAUCCAGUUCCAUAAGAUCGUGGCGUGCACGGCGCUCUUCUUCACGAUCCUGCACGCGGUGGGCCACCUGGUCAACUUCUACCACGUGUCCACCCAGAGCCUGGACAACCUGCGCUGCCUCAUGAAGGAGAUGACGUUCCAGAGUGACGCCAGACCGGGCAUCAUGUUCUGGCUCUUCAACACACUGACAGGUAUUUCUGGCGUCGUGCUAUACAUCAUCGUCAUCAUCAUCUUCGUGUUCGCGCACCCGCUGGUGAGGAAGAGGGCGUACAAGUACUUCUGGUACUCGCACUCGCUGUACUACUGGCUAUACAUCCUCAGCAUCGUGCACGGACUCGCCCGGCUGACGGGACCUCCCAGGUUCUGGAUGUUCUUCAUCGGCCCCGCCAUCAUCUACACGUUCGACAAGAUCAUCAGCCUGCGCACCAAGUACAUGGAGCUGGACAUCAUCGAGACCGAGCUGCUGCCCUCGGACGUGCUGAAGAUCAAGUUCUACCGACCACCCAACUUCCAGUACCAUUCUGGCGAGUGGGUCCGACUAGCCUGCACCGGAGUGGGCGACGAGUACCACAGCUUCACACUGACCUCUGCGCCACACGAGAACUUCCUGUCGUGUCACAUCAAGGCGCAGGGACCCUGGACCUGGAAGCUGAGGAACUUCUUCGACCCCAUCAACUAUGUACAGGACGAGGACGCGCCGCCUCCGAGGAUCCGUCUGGAGGGUCCGUUCGGAGGCGGUAACCAGGACUGGUACAAGUUCGAGGUGGCCGUCAUGGUAGGCGGAGGCAUCGGCGUCACCCCGUACGCCUCCAUCCUCAACGACUUGGUGUUCGGCACGUCCACUAACCGCUACUCGGGAGUCUCCUGCAAAAAGGUGUACUUCCUGUGGAUCUGCCCGUCCCACAAGAGCUUCGAGUGGUUCAUCGACGUCCUGCGGGACGUGGAAAAGAAGGACGUCACCCAGGUUCUGGAGAUGCACAUCUUCAUCACACAGUUCUUCCACAAGUUCGACCUGAGAACUACCAUGCUGUAUAUCUGCGAGAACCACUUCCAGCGGCUCUCGAACCGUUCCAUGUUCACCGGCCUGAAGGCCAUCAACCACUUCGGCAGGCCCGACAUGGCCUCCUUCUUCAAGUUCAUCCAGAAGAAGCACAACUACGUCUCCAAGAUCGGCGUGUUCAGCUGUGGCCCGCGUCCGCUGACCAAAUCGGUCAGCACGGCAUGUGAUGACGUCAACAAGGGCCGCAAACUGCCCUACUUCAUCCACCACUUCGAGAACUUCGGCUAGUCGUGCGCGCGUGUCUGCGGCGCCGGCCGGGGGUCGGCGGGACGCUGCCGCCUCUCGCACAGCGUCAGGGUGGCAACACCCGGUGCCGAGGGGCGGCAGCGUCGCUAAAAGAGGCUCUGAACUAUGAGACGGCAGUGAUCGCGCUGGGCUUUCGGUGCGGGUCGAAGUGCUGGGGUACCAGUGCGCCGCUCCGCCCGAGCGACCAGGACUGCCCUGCGACGAUGGACAGUCUCAGUGCUUCAUCAUUGCGAAGUGGACUGUGGACGGUGGACAUUACAUUGUGGUGUGUGUCUGUGACGUGUGGACUGUGGAAUGUGGAUUAUCGACAGUAGUGAGUGCUAGUAGAUAAUCUUGCCAUGGGAGUGCGUGUGAACCAGGCUUUCACGGACUCUACGCCUUCCAUGGUUUGUACUGGACCCUGUGGUUUGCGUAUGGUGAUGUGCCGUGCUGCGGCACUGACCGAACGCAGCUCAAUACGACGGUAUUCCGUGACCGGCCCGUGCCGCCGAGCUCCUCUGCCGAGGGGCUCACACCGGCAGCUGUGGCGGGCCACGCAACGGCCGUCAAUUGCCGACUCCGAGACAGCAUUCGAGCAUCAACAGUAUCAACGUGUGACGAUUGUGCGGCGACCGGGCGGCGCCAGCACUGUCCGGCCACUACCACCCGGGCGGACAGUGUGAGAGGCUGGCAGACUCGGCCGGUCCGGCGCCCGCCACGACGCUCUUACGGGAUCGAUAAGUCUUUCGUGAAGUGUGCCGGUGACGGGAUGGCGCUGAGCCGAGGGGGCGCGUCGCCCCGCUCGGACCCCGACGCGCCAUGUUGGCGACGUCGGGGGCGCCACCCAACCUGUUUAUUUAUACGCGAGGGCGAGUGUUCGAACACACAGUCGCCGGACCGGGAGUGAUUUUAUCGCUAGGUAUUAGGACGUCAACAACGGAUAUUUCCAAGUCUUAGAAAAAUGUGUGAAUGUGAGGUGUCUUCUACCUUUCCCUUCUUUUCUGGAUGAAAUUGACUGGUACUCUACACGGCAGAGGUUUCUGCAAUGGAUAUUUUGAUAAAUAAAUGUGUCGACAA